CUGGAGAUACUAAGUGGAGUUUAACUCUGCAGCGAAGACGUACUUUUGCAAGAGAAACCGUGAGGUAGCGCGAGAGUUUUACUUAUAGGAAGCAGGAAAAGGGAAUUCCUGGAGGAGACAACGCAUCUCAGGAAAAUGACGAGGUGAGAUCUUGGAGAAAGGGAUGAGAGGAUAGAAGUAAUGAAAACACUAUGGAAACGAAAAAGGGAAUUGCUAAAAGAAAGCAGGGAAUAUAGUAGUUAUCAUUAGAAGGAACGGACAAAAGGAUCCUUUGACGAGGGACGUCCAAGGGAAGGUGGAUGACAGAGAAGAGAUUAAGUAAAAUCCUUAACAGCAGGCCCGAAGCAUCACCGGAACAGGCAGCAACCCACAGUAAUGGAAGCCUUAGAGAAAAUGGAGCGUACAAGGAACAAAAGGGAAGCAAAUGGGGUACUUGGAAGGACAUACAGCACCCCAAGAAAGUGAAGUAGAUACAGAGAAGUGAGCAACCCAGGAAGAAAAAAGAAGUGAACAGUAAAAGACGACGAGUGUAGUGGGAGGGAGGAGAAUAAGGGAGAGAAAAAUCAUUCAGAAAAGCAAUAAAACAUGCAGCCUGAGGGAACCCUGGAAGAGGCAAGAUGACAGCGGCCAGGGUGCGCUCCUGGGCUGAAACAGAGGGAUUCUUUGGGGGAGGGGGGGGAUGUAGCGGAGGGCAAAGAAAUCCAGGAAGAGCACGGGAGCAAAUCCUCAUAGGCAGCAAGCCUAGGGGGAGACGGAGAGGACCGACGGACAGGCGGAUGGUGCUGGAGCAUGACGCAGGCACCGAAAUCCGCUCUCCAGAGAUGACGGAGAAGAAGGGAUCCGUGCAGGUGCAGCCUCCAGCCUCGGUGCAGAAGCCGGGAGCCCCAGCGGCUGCGGAUAUUUCAUAAAAUGUCUAAUGGUUAUGAAGAUCACAUGGCUGAAGAUUGCAGGGAUGAUAUUGGUAGAACAAACUUAAUUGUGAACUACCUCCCUCAGAACAUGACGCAGGAUGAGUUACGGAGUCUAUUUAGCAGUAUUGGCGAAGUUGAAUCUGCAAAACUUAUUCGGGACAAAGUUGCAGGACACAGCUUAGGCUAUGGCUUUGUGAACUACGUGACUGCAAAAGAUGCUGAAAGAGCAAUAAACACACUGAAUGGCCUGAGACUUCAGUCAAAAACUAUCAAGGUUUCUUAUGCUCGUCCAAGUUCUGAAGUUAUCAAAGAUGCUAACUUGUACAUUAGUGGACUUCCGAGGUCAAUGACACAAAAAGAUGUAGAAGAUAUGUUUUCACGGUUUGGACGCAUCAUCAACUCGCGUGUACUUGUGGAUCAAACCACAGGUUUGUCCAGAGGGGUUGCAUUUAUCCGGUUUGACAAAAGGUCAGAAGCAGAAGAGGCAAUUACAAAUUUCAAUGGUCACAAACCCCCGGGUUCUUCCGAACCCAUUACAGUGAAGUUUGCAGCCAAUCCUAACCAGAACAAAAACGUGGCACUGUUAUCACAACUAUAUCAUUCAUCAGCUAGACGAUUUGGAGGGCCAGUUCAUCACCAAGCACAAAGAUUCAGGUUCUCUCCUAUGGGUGUAGAUCACAUGAGUGGGCUUUCUGGUGUAAAUGUUCCAGGAAACGCAUCUUCUGGCUGGUGUAUCUUCAUCUACAACCUUGGUCAAGAUGCUGAUGAGGGAAUCCUUUGGCAGAUGUUUGGCCCCUUUGGUGCGGUUACCAAUGUGAAAGUUAUUCGAGAUUUCAACACCAACAAGUGCAAAGGUUUUGGUUUUGUGACCAUGACAAACUAUGAAGAAGCUGCAAUGGCCAUAGCAAGUCUUAAUGGCUACCGCCUGGGGGACAAAAUCUUACAGGUUUCCUUCAAAACCAACAAGUCCCACAAAUAACUUGCUCGUGCUUUUUGUAUGGAAUAGAUAAUUGAGUGACAGAAGUUGAAACAUUUUUGUUAGUGUAAAACUCAUUUUGCGCCAAUUUUCACAAGUGUUUGUCUUAGUCUAAAUGAGAAGUGAAAAAGGUUUUUAUACUCUGGGAUGCAACUGACAUGUUCAAAUGUUUGAAAUCCCACAAUGUUAGACCAAUUUUAAGUUCCUUAAGUUAUUUCAUUGAAAACAUAUAUAUAAGAAGCCCCUAAUAGCUUAAGUCCCUCUGGAUGGUGGUAAAAUUGAAGCAUGCUUUCACUUAUGAGACUGAAUUUUGUUCCAUUGAAUAUUGUCUGCAAAAACUGGAAUUUUUUUAUUCGAACUAUCUAGCUGACUCCAUUAGUGUGUCAUUCCCCCGUCCCCUUUGAAGCUUGGAAAAAAGUUGAAAGCACUGUUGUUUUAGUUGGCAGUAUACUGCUUUAUAAAGUAAUUUUCAUCGCUACAUUUAGUUGAGGAGUAGACUUUAUAAAGUGAAGGUCUUGUAAGUAGUAGCAUGCUAGCAUAACUUUUAACACCAUUGAUGAGGUAAGUUGCACACUGAAGAGUAGCCAAGUUGUCAAAUUAAAAGGUUUUACAAAUACUUUUAAAGCCCAUUUUCUAAUAGGAAUGGACCAAAGAGUUUCAGAGAAACUCUGGGAGGAUUUCAGAGUCAAAACGAAACUCCAAAAACAGUGUGAAUAUAUGUUGUUUACCAAACUGAAUCUCUUCUGUCCAGAUAUCAAUGCAUGGUGCACUACUUACUGGUACAUUAUAAUGCAGCAAGAUUCUUAUUCAUUUUCAAAGAUCGUUAUUGUUUUGAAUACCUAAGGGCAGUUUUAUUUUGUAAAAACAGUUAAACAUUUGAGCAUUGUAUUUCUCGCAUCCCUUCUAAUGAGUGCUAGAUUUUUCUAUUUUAAUAGGAUUUUGUUUUGAUGACUAGCUUUACGUAUUGAACACUCAGCAGAAAAGUACUUACUUCUUGCAAGUUAGAUAUUACUUUAAAAAACCUUGAUUUGUAGAUUUAAAGAUUAAUCCCCCAAGUUUUCUGCAGACUGCCUUGAAUCUUUGAGUUGUUCUGUUUCUGUUAAUUUUCUUUUGCUUUUUUGUGUUUUUUGUUUGUUUUUACUUUUGCAUUUAAGACCAUUAAAUUUGAUUUUGUUUUGCUCAAAUUUUGUUUUGUUUUUUAUUUUAUAUUAUUUUUUUUGCUAAGUAUUGCACAAAGUGUCCAGCUUUUAAAGAGUAUUGUUUUAAAAAAAAGAACUAUAGUUCUUCGUUAAAAUAAUAUAAUUCUCCUUUGACAGAUGCAUAGGAGAAAAAAUUAUGUGAAAAGAAAAGCACUAUAACAACCCUGUCACAUAAGAAGUAUGUGCCACAGUGAUUUAAAAAUAUGGUAGAUGUUCCUUUAGAAAGUCUGAAAAGGAUUUUCUUAUGUCAGAUACAGCAUAUGCAGGGGAGGUAGGUACAUAGUGUGCAGGAGUAGGGUCCUCCACCUGAGUGACUUUUAAGAACAUUAUCUGGGUUUUCUCACCAAAGUUCAGAGGAAAUGCAGAAAUUGGGACAAUUCAGCAGCAUUUUUCUUUUGAGCGAAUCUCUGCCAAUCUCCAAAAAACAAUGAGUAGUCAGGCCUCCCCUUUGGGUUUUGGAGAUGGUUCAGUGCAUGUGUUUGUUUAGUGCCCAAAAGCUGGUUCUUGAAGAUUCUGCUUUGCAGCCCUCUUUCAGCAGCAGGACCUACAGUCCUGUGCCACCUCUGGAUUUCUGUCCCCUCCUCAUUGCCAUCGUUUAUUUUUGGCACUUUUCUCUCUUGUUCAGACAACUGUGGGACUUUGCUCUAAUUUCAGUAUGUGGGGUGCGUGUGUUUUUUGUUUUUUCCUUCAGUCAGCAGGCAGUCAUUCGCCUAUCCAGUAACCUGCUGGUUUGUUGCUGCACAUAGCCCUUCUCAGCUGACUCCAGGAGAGCUCAGUGGUGGUAGACAUCAUCUCUGGCUAUGUAGAGCAUGCGAGGCUGAGUUCACAUGCAGUUAAUUCAAGUGCUCUCUGCCAUUUUAUAGAUGCGACCUUCCCUUUUCUGCCAACCCCAAGCUCUUGAGGUGCAUCUAUGCUCAGCUGAGUUGGAUGUCCUUUCUAAACAAUAGCCCUGGAACAGGACCCUUCACCAACCCCUUUCCCGUGCGUUUCCAUUUCCUUCCCUUCUCAGAAAGUUGUCCUUUUCCCAUGUCCUCUGGGCAUUAGCAGUGUUGCUUGAUCCAUUGCUCCAUAUUGCAUCCUGAGAUCCUUAUUUAAAUAAACACACUCCAUCCUUUUCCAUCACCUCUAUUUGUCUUCAGAACUUUUUGUGCCUUUUGACUCUUCCAUCAGUACAUCUGUCAAGAUCCCAGGAUCUUUCUUGUAGUAGCUUUCAUUUCCUGGCUCCUUAAAACGCGCACACACACACACACACACACACACACGAGUAAGGUUUGGUAAGCUUGUAGUAGUAAAACUCCUCUAACAUGGCCAACUCAAGAUGUUUUACGGAGUAGCAUCCACCCUUUUAACCUUUUAAUAAAUUAUAUAUAUAUAUUAUAUGUUAAAAGGGGGAUGCUACUCUGUAAAACAUCUUGAGUAGGCUAUGUUAGUUUUACUACUGAGAGCUUACCAAGCCUUAUUCUUAGUUUAAAAUUCUCCUUGAAGAUUUUGUGACACCACUGUCCUUUUGUUGGUGGCUUCAGCUGCAUUAAUUUUUUUUGUCUUGUGUUCUUCUCUUACAUGAGUGAGGAACAAUUUAAUGGUUUCAUCCAUUGAUGAAGAAUCCAUUUCUAGUAACAUGUUGGGCCAUGCUUCCUUUCAUCAGGUUUCUUUUCGUCCUGUUUAAUGUUGUCUGUUUGAUUCGUCUGAGUAAUCUACCACUCUUCCAGCCAGGAGAAAAGGGAAGAAAAGAAACAGUUCUUUUAAUUUCUUGAGGAGUGGAAUGUGUCCCUUUGAGUCAUCCAAGCCACUUCAUUUAUAGACCAGACCUCCUUGUCACCACCCACAGUGUUGCCAGUCUGACUCCACAAGCAGAGAAAUUUUGGCAGGCAUUCAGUUUCUGAUAACUAAGAUAGGUGAGUUUUGACUCUUGCUGGACCUCCCAUUGCUCAGUCCAUCUGUAAAGACUGCAUGGUGGAGGUUCAGGCAAAACUCUGAAGUCUAGUAAAAGAAAUCGUUCAAUUUCUUCUGCUUGAUGGUUUGGACGGACUCGUGCUCUGUAUCUAGACAUCUAGUGCACUAGGUAUUUUCCAGUUUCUAUCAGAGCAUCAGCAUUUCUAGUAUUUUUUGGCACUUCAUCUGUUGGGGGAGUGUACGAGUCAUUACUCUUCCUUUUGGAUGACCAAAUAGUCAGAACAAGUGCUUCAAGAAAGCACCUCUGUUUCCAUCUGUGUUCCAUGUUGCAGCUUUUUGAGCUGUACAACUCAUUCUCAAGAGCUUAUUAUACAUGUAAAGGCCCAUUUUCCAUUUCAGAUUUCUCAUCAGUCAAAACAGGGAAGUAAGAUAUAGGAAAAUGCCAGGUCUUGCUAACUGGACUAAGGCAUCCUGAUCAGAUCAGCCCUGCACAUGCUGAAUCUGACACACAAUUGGCCACACUGUCUGAGGACUCUUCUGACUUCAGCCCUUUGUGAUAAUCGUGAAAUAUCUGUGGGCACCUUUAAUCUGCUUCCCCCCCCAGCAUUCAGACAUCACUCUAGUGUUGACCUAAUGAAAGUCAAGCUGAUAAUCUCUUGAACAUCAAAUGCUACAAUUACUGUGCUUCAGAGGAUAAUGUGUGCACUGGGUUAGGUGGUAUCAAGGCUCUAAUCCAAAGAAGAAGAAGCUGAACUUCACGGAAUCAAGAUUAGCGGGUCUGGAGGGCAUUAGCCUUUUCACUGGCCAUCCUGAUUGUGCCAACAGUGGAAUCAUGGAAGCUUAAAAAAAUUUCUGAGAAUGAGCCUAUUUUUCAUUCACUUACCUUUACCUACAUUCAAGAAAACCUUGAUGAAUGCUCAAGGGACUAACAGGUGAAAGAACAGUAAAACAGAUCGGUGAUGCUAUUUAUUUUUAACCAAAUGGGUCAAUUUUAAAGUGAAUUUGUCAUGUCAUUUGUUACGACAUUCAGCUACCUUCCUCCUGCCUUAAAUUAUAAGGACUGGUUUUGGAAGGUGAAUGCUCUAGUGAUUUAAACACUAGUGACUAAAACAUACACAUAGUGGUAUGCCUUUCACUCGCAUAAUCCCCUUUUUUUAGGAUAUGCCCUGAUUUGAGUUGGCAUAGGUUUUACUCUCUUUGGCCUGAUGACCCUGACUUCUAAUACUUGGGCAGAUAUUUGCCCCAGAAUCUUGUUUUUCUACCACAAUUUGAAAUCCUAUUAUGUAAAGGCCCAUUUCUGUGUCUAACCCUGAACCAGCCAUGGCCAGAAAAGCUGUGACAGGAUACCUUCCAGCGUGGGAUUGGUAUUUUUUAAUCAAAGCUGCAUGACUGCCACAGGUAUACCCCUUCAUCAAGCCUGCAGUUUCUGUUGGGAGGGGAACCUCUGCUGGCAUCUUACUUCCUUUGUUUUUACCUGUCUUUCUAUUCCCGCAAGAACUUCCUACCAUCAUAGCUCUAAGCAGGCUCUUACAGGACCAAAGUAUAGGUGCUAAACACACUAACUGCAUUGGACUGCCACUGUAAUUUGAUAUGAAUAUGGAAACCUGGCACUUCUUGCAAGGCUGGUGGAGUUUCACUCUAAGAUGAGACAAUUUGUAGGUAAGGUAAAGCUGUCCUAAUUAAAGGAUGGAAUAUCCUCCAAGACUGUGAAAGUGUUCUGGGCUUCGGCUGUUAUUUUUUAAGAUACAUAAUUAACAUUUAAACUGUUAAACUUAAACUUUUUUUUAAAAUUUACAUUGAUUGAAGGAUUUAUUCAAAAAUGGGCUUUUCCUAAUUUCUUGUAACAGUUCAUUUACUUUCACUGUACAAGUUUCCAUUAUGGAAAGAUUUUUACCUCUCUAGCAGCCAAGGCCUAUGUAUCGAGUCUUCAGAAAUGGGCCUCUUUUGGCUUUUUACACAGAGGGACAUUUCACAGUAAAUGCAGUCAAAUAAAUUACAGUGUUGCUGUGUGCAUUUGUGCAAAGGUAAAUGCAACUCCUUCACGUGAGAAGACAGCAACAAAAUAAAUCUGAGAAUCAUGAAAGCUAUGAAUGGAGCAGAAGCAAAGCAACUUGUAGUGGUUUUAGAGUGUUUCAAUUACAAAGACACCAGGACUUUCUUAUGCAUGCACUGAAGUAAAUGUUGAGAGGAUCAUCCUCCUCUGAAGCCAUUUCAUCAUAACAGUUUGGAUUCUUUAAACUUCCGUGCCCUACAAUGCUGUAAGAUGUGGAGGAAGGAGAUCUGAAUCAAUGUAGCCAUGCUGUUUUCAUGUCCCUGAGCCCUGUGGCACCCCGCCAUUCAACUUCCUAGGUUUGGGACUGUGAAGGAUUUCAGGAGCAUGCUUGGGGUGGAAGGGGAAGCAUCAGGAAACAUCACUGUCCUGAGCAGUGUCCUACCAGUGGUGUGUGUUCAAACUUUUUUUUUCCUUUCCUGUUGUUUGUUUGGUUUUUUGGUUUGUUUUUAUUUUGAUUUUCAGCACAUCUGUAUCAUGAUAGCAUCAGAAAACACACUAAAAAUACUGAGGUAUCCAAGCCAUUGGAACAAAUUAUGGAUCUAUCACUGCAGUUAACUGUAGAUGAUCAGUAUGUGGUCAUUUACACUUGCAGACAGCAAAUGGUUUGAAUACCUUUGCACCUGAAGGUUUGUAAAGCCAUCUGUUUUUGUAGUAUUUUUACAGCAGCAUGGAAAGUUGUAGCAAUUUUACUCUUGCAAAGCAAUUCAAAAUUUUGAAGUAGGUUACUGUAGCACUUACUGUAGAGGACGUUCAACAGUAUAAAUGUUGCUCAUUCUUGAAAAGACAAGCCAGUUUUUUUUAAUAUUCAAUUUCAAAUGAGCUCUUUAUAAGCAGUUGCAGAAUUUUACAUUAUUUAAUCUUCUGGAUUAAGGCAAUAAAAUGGUGGUUCCUCAGAAGUUUUUGAAAGCUUGCUUCAGUUUAGCAUAAAACUGAAAUAACUAAAGUUUAAACUUAAACUAAAGUUUCCUUAAUUAUAUAACAUGUAAUGGACUUCAGAAGGAUGUCUCUAAAUAUGCUAGGUUAGUUCUAACAAAAAAAUUAUUGGAAUUAGGCCCCCUGAUAUUUACUUGCAAUGCAUUGUUACAGUUUGAAAACAUGUUUUUUCAUUGUACAAUUUUUAAUUAAUUAUUGGGUCACCAUAAUUUACAAAAGUAAAAUAUAGAGUUUUGUGUCAUAAUACUACCUCUUAGUGCAGUGUUGCUGAACCUCCAGCCUGCAGGCUGAAUCCAGCGUGCAGGUCUGUGUAAUUGGACCUGCAGAGCUCCCCAUGAGUCCAGACAUUUGACAGUGGGGGGGUGGUGACAGCAUUAAUUGCCAUGUCCUCCAGAGCCUUAGCAAUUAAUGCUGCUGCUGCUCCUUGCUUCCAAAAUUCUGGACCUGUGGGGAGCACUGCAAGCCAGAAGGCCCUGCACACCAGAUUGCAUCAAUACAUGGGGUUGCUUUGUGGUCAGAUCUGGUGUGUGGGCCAGAUCCUGCAGAUGGAUUGAUCUGCAGUUGAGCUGAUGGACAGGAUCACACCCUGACUCAACCCCACACACUAACUGUACAUGGGAUCUGGUUCAUAGAUCAGCCCUGCCCAUCCAGCCUGUGGACCUGCCCUGAGUCACUCAUGCAGCCUGCAGGGCCAGAAGGUUGAGCACAGCUGUCUUAGUGUAAGUUACCAUAUAUUUUGACUUCCAUUAUAGGGAAGCUUGCUCUUAGUAACACUGUCAAUUAAGCACCUUAUUAUACCAUUUCUAUAUUUUGGCACCUAAGUAAAGCUUUAGGUAGAAGGGACCAAAUUCACACCUAGCAUCAGCAGGCACAACUCCAUUCAUGGGGUUGUAUCCAUUUCUUCAAGGAGUGAAUUUGUCACUGUGUACCAUGUGUACUUUAAUCUCUGUUUGGCAGCAGGGACACCUGCUGUCUUCAAGGCAGGUUCCUAAACAUAGGUCUGCGUUUACUGUUUCAUGUUGGGAAAUCCCAACACUAUCCCAAGAUGGUUAAAAUAAACAUUGAUAAAGCUCAGCAUAUGAUAGGCAUAUACUACUUGUUUCCACUGUGUUAUAAAACUACAAGACAUAAGAGAACAUAAUUGCUUCAUUUUUAUUUGUAAGAAAAAGGUACUUGUAUAAUGCAAAACUUAGUAUCUACAUGGUGCAACCAGUAGAAUUGAAAAUUACAGUUAACUUAAAACAAAACACCUUUUCUUGGUUUAAAUCAAAUACAGCAUUAUUUUUUUUCCAUUUGCCUUGUUUGUAGCCUUCAUAUGUAGUAAAAAGUAAAAAAUUAGGUGUAAUCUUUCUCCCUGUGCAUGAUUAAAAAAAACCACAAUUGAUGUUAAACUCCUAUGAUUUCUAAAACAACACAAAGCACCCAGUGAGUGGCUUUGCCUUUAGAACCUGUUACUUUGUUCAGUCUUGCUGCAGUUUUGUUAUAUAUCACACCUGGUUAAAAAAAGGAUCAAUUUAAACUACAAAUAUUUUUCUGUUGAGUGGAACGUUAAACACUAAAUGCAUUUGUUAAUAAUGAUGGAAAUUCAGUAAAAGCGGAACUACCAUCUGAAAUCUUGAAAUAUUGCUACUGAGUUCACAUUUUAAAAUUAUUCUCAUUAAUUAUUGUUCCCUAUUUUUAGGCAUUUUAAAACAACCUUUCAGUGAUAAAGGUAAACUUUUUCACUUGGUCAUUAAGAAGAAAAUGACUUGAGACAUUUGAAGCAUCAUAAUUUUGGAUAAAUCUUUAUUUGAUCAGUAACUUUGAAUAAUACUGUACUUCUAGUCUUUUUACUGAUUUUUUUUUUUUCUUUCCCUUAACUUAUGUAACCUUUUUGUUUAUAAAGUAAUCUGUUUGUGGGACAGAAGACUUUAUCAAUUGUUUUCCAUACUGUACAGUAUAUGGUUAAACAUUUUGUAUAUUUAGUGUGUUUUUAAGUUAUUGAUUUGUUUUAUAUCAAAUAAUUUAUUUUUCAGGUACCAUUUUCAUUUUAACUUUGUUUUUACAUGGGUUUAUUUUAAAUAAAGUAUGACACUGCUUUCCAAAUGUCUAAAAUGAAGUUGAAUCCCAUUGUGUUAUUUUGAGAGUACUUAUGUAAAUUUAGCUUAUUUUAGUAAUAUUUUCAGACAUGUACAAAGACCAUCUUUUCGUUGCAUUUUAAUUCAUACGCUUGGAAGCUCUUAGUAAUGUUUUUUAAGCAACAAACGUAAAAAAGAAAGUUUUACUAUUCAAGAACUCCACUUCUUAAAGGACCUAUGAAAGAAGAAUAAUUUUUGUAGUACCCUGUGGAUGGAGUAAGACCAUUCUAUUUUCUAAAUGGUAUUCACUAAAGUUAAAAAAAAAAUAAAAUAAAAAUAAAAAAAACAAAACACAAAUCGCUUGCAAAAUUUUCAGAAUUUUUAAAAA